UUGCGUUGCCUUGUCUUGUCUAUCUUAAUUUUUGUAAACAUAAGAAACUUGUUGAUUUUCUCUUUAAAUAAUUAACUAUGCUCAGUACAAAUGAACUAAAUAUGUGUCGAAUUUGCUUAGGGAACAAUUGUUCUAAAGAUGCCGCAACAUUGCGAUAUGACGAGCGGUAUAGCUACGCUGAAGUUAUCAUGUUUUGCUUGAAGGUCCAAAUCUGUACAGAUUCCAAAAUCACAACACAACUUUGCAUGAAAUGUUAUCGAAAAAUAAACACAUUCUACAAAUUCAAACAGUUAGCUCAGACAAGUGAUAGGUACUUGAAGGAUCUGCAAGAACAGAAAAUGUUGAAGGUAGAAGAAAUUAAAACUGAAAACGACGCUGAGGGAAUAGUUGAGCAUGCCGUGGUCAAGUUAGAAUUCUCAGAUAGUGAUAACUUAAAAGAAGAAGACCUGCAGGAUAUGGAUAGUAAUGCUCUGGACUCUGAUGAUGAGUGUUUAAUGGCAAUUAAGCAACAAAAGUUGGCAAAUGAAAAUGAACAAGAUAUGAAAGAUAGUGGUGAAGUUAAAACCAACAGAGGAAGGAGGACAAAACCUAAACUCUUGAAUAAAGAGGAAAAUAUACAAGUUUGCCAUGAGUGUGGCGAGUCUGUGAAGAACCUCUAUCAACAUUCACGUAAGCACCUCGCAGAGAGCCAGGUAUUCCCCUGCGAAUUAUGUCCUAAGGUCUUCAAUCAUUAUAACUCCAGAAAAAAGCAUAUCAGGAGGAAACAUCUUGGAAUCAAGAGGGAGUGUGACAUUUGUCAUAAAAAAGUAGUAGAUUUAUCCUCUCAUAAGCUGUUAAUGCACAAUCGUGAGGCUCUGAAGUUUGCAUGCACGAUCUGUGAUCACCGAGUGCGGUCACAGUUGGACCUGGAGACACACCUGCGGGUGCACACCAAGGAGAGGCCGUAUGAGUGCAAUCUCUGUGAUGGCAAAUACAAAACUACUGCUCAGCUGGCCUUGCAUAAACGUCAAGUUCAUGAUAAGGAGAAGAGCCACUUGUGCCAGUAUUGCUCAAAAGGCUUCUUCAAGAAAUAUCACUUACAGGAACAUUUGAGGAGCCACACCAAGGAGACCCCGUACGAGUGUCCCGAGUGCGGCAAGCGGUACCGCAACAUGCAGACUCUGGGCAGACACCAACUCACGCACCGCGGGGUCAAGCAGCACCAUUGCACGCUCUGCCCCAUGAGCUUCUAUGUAUCCGGGGCGCUGACGACGCACAUGAUAAGCCACACGAAGUCCAGAAAGCACAAGUGUAACUACUGCGAGAUGUCGUUCGGCCGCUCGGACCACCGGCGCCGCCACGAGCGCACGGCGCAUCUGCACCACCUCGCCACGGAGCCGAGGGACUCUUGACAUGAGGGGGAGAUAGAGUAGUCGGAGAGGGCACUGACCCUUGACAUGAGGGGGAGAUAGCGUAACCACUGAGUGCUUGGUCUUUGACAGUCAUGAUGGGGAGAUAGUAUAGCCAGUGAGGGGCAUGAUGGGGUGAUAGCGUAGCCACUGAGGGGAGAGACUCUUGACAUUAUGGAGAGAUAGCGUAGGCAAUGACGGGAGAGACUCUUGACAUUAUGGAGAGAUAGCGUAGGCACUGAGGGGAGAGACUCACUAUGGAGAGAUAGCGUAGGCAUUGAGGGAAGAGACUCUUGACAUGAUGGGGAGAUAGCUUAGUUAGAGAAUAAAAUGACUGUUUACUAAUGGGUGGUUUUUCAACCUACCCAUCAUUUUGUUCCCGAGUGGAUUCACGUUGACCAAUUAUUUAUUAUUAGCUAUUUUAGCUAGGAAAAUGUUAUGAAAAAAUUUAAUUUCAAAAAGUUGAUGUUAUAAAAAUGGUGAUUUUCAGUUUAUUCUGAAUGUAUUCAGUUAUGUUUGUUCGCGAUUAUCUCGCGUGUUCAGAAAAGUAUUUGUUUAAUAAUAGAUUUUUAUACUAAUUCAUAAUGCUAUGAAGUUAUUGUACAUAUAUGUAUAUGGAUUAUUAUGUAAAGUUUUAUGUUAGAGGUAUAUGGGACAAACGUUACAUAAAAUUAUUUGAAUAUUAUGUUGUAAUAAAAUUUAUAUUUAAAGUUUACAAAGCAUAUUUUUUUGGCAACUUAUGUAGGAUGUGAUGUCAUGGUAGGGAUUAGGUACGGUGUGAGUGAAUUAAUUAAAAGAUUAUUAUUAUUCUUAGCUUUUAUUUAUGUAAGAAUUAUGGAUACAAAUCACGAUUUUAUAUCAAAUAUUUUUAAAAUGUCGUGAUAGAAACAGGAAAUUGUACAAUUUUCUUAAAAGCAGUCUCGAUCGAUGUACUGGAGUACCGAUCGGCCACGCGGCUGUGGUAUAUAUAAUGGCUUAUUCUUUUAUAUAAAGUAAAAAGGCAGGCACGUUUAUCUUAAUAUCUAAAAUACAAUUGUAACAAAACUCAAUCCCCUUACAUAUAAUAUUUUAUCACAACUUGUGAUGAUGCAAUGGCUACGCGACGGGCAGCUGCCGCUCGGAAUAUCGCAAUAGUCGUUUAAAUGACUAAACGAAAUAUAAUAGCAAAACAGUAAAUAUAAAAUUAAAAAUCUCUUAACAAAA